GCAGCUCCCCAUUUCAUCACUGUUAGGAUUUUAAGGCAGUGGGCUGUGAAAUUCUGUUCUCCUCUUCCCCACCCUACUCAAUCCCAUGCAUCCAGGAGGGACAAAACCUAUGGAGCUGUCUGCCCUGAGCAGGAUAUCCCCACAGUGAUGCUGUGCCUGUCUGGGAUGCUCUGUGCCAUGGUUUGUCCCGUGCACCUCCCUCCUAUGGAGAUUUCUGCAGCACAGACAGGAUCCCAAGAUCCUGUGCCAGUGCAGGGCAGAGGAGCUGGUGCUUCCCCAGGCACUCUGGCAGGGACCAGCCAUUUCCAUCUGCAUAAUGGAGACUGUAGCACAACCAUCAUCAACCCACUCUGUGAUAUUUUUAGGCCAGCUCUGCUGAUGAGGGAGAGAUGACAAGCUCACUCCACAUCCAGACCAUGCAAUGCCUUUCCCAGCUGCAGCCACCUGGUGCAAUGGGAGAAGCGUGGGCUGUUCCUCCAGGAAAGGCAGCACUGGCUGGAUGCUGUGGCUCUGAGCUUGCUGGGAGCAGCUAUUGGUGCAGGAUACCACCAUCCUCUCUCUGAACUUGUGCAGCUUCACUGCUUUUGAGAAAGCAGCUUAGCAAAUUCCCCGCUGGCUUUUGAAGUUGAGGGUAUUUCCUGGAUUGUGAAGGAAAAGGAGAAAUCUGAAGCAUGGCAGUGACAUGCUUGCAGAUGGUCCCUUGCUGUCACAGAACUGGGCAGCCCUUUCAGCUGAGGAGUUGGCUUUUCUGCAGGGCCUGAGGCUUAGAAAGCCUAUGGGAAGAAGGUAUCAAAGCUUCCCCUUUUCAUCAGAGCCCUGUGUGGGGCUGCAGCUGGUGGAGUGGAAGGGGCAGUGAUUUGGAGGUGACUGGGGUGAGUUGAUGGAGGACAGGAGAGCUGGGGCACAAAAUUGUCUCCUGUGGUCAGGCUUGUGGGAAGCUGGUCCCUCAGCACUGCUGGGGAGCCCCUGCAUGAAACAGGUCCCUGAUGCCCUGGACCCACACAAUGACACAGUGCUGCUGAGAGCUGACAGUGCCAAGCCAUGACUGCAUUGUGGGUUCUGGCAGAGGGGAGAAGUGUCCUACACAGAGUCUGUGGCUGGGUUAGAGGGGGGCUGGGCUGGAGCAGGCUGCGCUACUCACCUUCACACCAGGGCUCAAAUGCCAGCCCAGGUGGGUUGUAGGUGCUGGACUCUGAACACAGGACUUGUCUAGGUGACUGCACAAAGUAGUGGUGCUAAUCUAUGCUAUCCACCAGGAACCAGUCUGUCAGAGAGGGUGUUGCUGGUACCAACACCUCACUGUGUUGGUCUUGUCCCAUCCCUGCAUUGGAAGGACCAGUUCAGCUGCAGGUGCAAACCUUCCUCAACUGGUUACUGAGACCUGGAAUGUUCCAGCCCUGAGCAGCUGCUUCUGCCUUACCCUGUGGAUCGCCAGCAUCUCCCAGCAUAGUGAUGGCUCAGGUGGCUGCAGAAAGUUCAUAUUCCCUUGGCUGUGGCAUAGGGAGGUUUUUCCCAUGGAGCAGGGUGGAGAAGCUGUGUUGGAGAGGCAGAGCUUUGUCCUCUCUUUCUUGUGGCUGGGCGGGAUGGGCUGCAGCUGAAAACGAGGACCUGCUGGCCUGGCUGGUCCCCCAUAUGACUGCUGGGACAGGGGCACAGUCCUCCAUUGGCUGGUAGCUCUUGUACCCUCACUGUUUAGGAUCCCACUUACUACACAAGGAUCCAGUGUCCCCUUAGUCCUGUUCUCAUUCAUACCUAGCAACAUAGACUUCUGUGACUUUGAGUGAUGUACUUGGGGGGUUGAGGUGUUUCAGCAGCACCCUUCUGUCUGUGACCUCUGCCUGUGGCUGGCAGCUGCCUCUUCAUGGCUGCUAUUAGCCCACAUCCUGACAGCAAACAGAGCACCCAGAGGCCUUUCCCUCUGGCUGCUCUAACUCCAUUAUGCAAAGCAGCUGCAAGAAUGCACAGGUUGUCAUAAAUGCUGAAUCUCCAGAACUGAGUGUGUUCAUGUCCCACAGCAGAGCACACACCUUUGGCGAUAUCCUGCAGCACAGGGGUCGGGGCAGGGGCUAAGCCCUCAGUCCCUGCACCCUCCCACACAGCUCCUAUGGCCCAUGCCAUGCUGGGUGGUUCCUCUCCUUUCUUCAUUUUCCUAAGAGGGAGCAGAUAAGCCUCAGCACCCAGGAGUGGGGAAGAAAGGCACUGGGACAUAGCAGGGCUACCUCAGCUGGCAGCCACCCUGCCAACCCAGGGCCCCAGGCUAGGCAGCUGUUCUCUUGACCAAUGGUGAAGCACCUCCACCAGCAGCACCAGUACUUCCUCACACCACUUUCUCAGUGACUGGCAGCAUUUGAGGUGCCUGGUGCUUUCCCUUCCUCCUGCCUCACCUUGCCCUUGCUACUUCCUACCUCUUUGAUCCCGUUCCUGAGCAUCAUGCUUGCCCUGGUCUCAGAUGUGUAGGAGGUGGGAUGCUUCAAGAGCAUCUCUCUGGGCUCGUGGUCCUGCACUCUGGGAGAUGUUGAUGUCCCUUGGUGCAUCAUGGGGUUUUGAGAGGGGCAGUCACCUAACAGGGGUGCAGCCUGUGGCUCUGCAGACAAGAGCUGCUUACCAGAGGCAGUGUUGCUGACCAUUUCCUUUGGGCAUGUGGAGAAGAGACCAGAGUGACACAAAUGGGGAAGUGGACACUGAUUUGGGCACUUGUGCUGCUGUGUUUAUGCAGUGGGUUUUGGCAUCAACUCACCUGGGCAUGUAUGGGAGAAACAAGUAUAAGUAACAAAGCUGGUUGCUGUGUUGUGUGAAGGUUGCUAGUGCUUUACUUGGGUUCAGAGGCUCCAGUUCACCAGGGAGCAAUGAAGAGGAGAUUCAGGUUGAACAGGAUGAAAAGAUGAGCCUAUGGCUAAUGGCCCCAUCACCAUAGUAGGCUAGCUGAAGGUACACAAGGGAUUGCUCCAGUGCAAGUAAUUAAGUAGUGAAGCUUCGGGCUGGAAAUGAUGCAUUCCCUGGGUCAAAGGCUGGCAAUGAGCACUGCUGCAGGUAGUGUAAUGCCACAAAGCCAGCUCAGGCUGUUGUUCCUGUUUUUAGAAAGACAUGCAUGAGCUAGAAGAGCAGGUGAACAAAACUGUCCUCAGGCAGAGCCCUCCACACCUUCUCCAUUGCCUUCUCUGGCAUGAAAGAAUCAGUCCUGGCCUCCUUUUUGCUGCUGGAGCUGUUUGGACAGGAGAUCAGGAAGGGUGCUUACAGCUCAGGGCAAAACAGCAAGCACGUCCAUACAGCAUCUCUUUUUCAUGCCUGAGCCACAGAUGUCAAAAAGUUUGAGACCUUAAACUAGUUGAUAUCUAAACUUAUUUUACAAGCUGUUUCCUGGUAAUGAUGGCUGCCCCUGCAGCCUUCAGUGACCAUGCUCUACUUAAUUUCACGCUUGAGUUUUUCCCAUCUUCAGCUUCUCACAUUUGGCUCCUGCACUUCCUUCUGCCCAUACUGGUACUUGGUUCCCUCUGGCAGUGAAGAGACCCUCUCCUGGGGCAGUGAAGUAGCUUGUGCUUCUCACAUCCUAUGCAGCCUUAUUGUUGCAUUUCCAACCCUUAGAUCCUUUUUUGUGGUGGUGGUGUUGCUGCUCCUUGGGAUUUCUGUGCCUGUUCUGAAGUUUGGAGAGCUGGACCAGACAUCAAAUUGGCUUUGUCAGAGCUUAACUGGGCUUGCAGAUCCCCUCCAUGCCCCUCUGACUCAUGGCCCUCAGAGCCAAGGUACUGUGCUGCAGGCUCAUAGCAACAGUCAUGUGUGGGGACAGUUCUUUUUCAGCUUUUUUCCCUAAUUUCACCUCCCACCCCUGCUUUCAGGGAGAUUCUCCACCCUGUGGUACAGCCUGUCUUUUCCAUUCCCAAGAACCUUCCUUUGCAGCCCAUCACUAUGCUGUGGGCUGCUAGCAUUUUCCCAGACCAUUCAGCUCAUGCUGUAGUAGCAAGCAGCCUGUUCAGUGUUUUAUCAGCCCCAUACGUAAGCCUUCAUCUUGUCAUCCAGACAACUGAUACUAAGAUCUAUGAAAUGGUACUGGACCAAGGGGUCACUGGGGAUCUAGGUAGGCUUCCUGUUGUUGAUGUCUCCCCAUUAAGCCUUGGCUCAGUGGCAGAUCUCAGAAUGUAGCUGUUAAUACGUGUAAUUUUUAAUCUACUUGAGUCUUUCAAUGAAAAUCCUACAGCAUUAUUGAAAGCAGGAGAAAGCAAAGUGUUCUCUAUAUAUGCUCCUGCUCUCAGCAGCCAGAACUUUCCUUUUGCCCAGGGAGCAGUUUCCCUGUGUAAGAGCUUCAGGCUGCCCUUAGCUGUGCUUUCAUUUACCUAGUAGCAGUCUGGGGCUCUCUGCCAUUUCUCUGCCCAUUGCUUUGACCCUUUAGAUUAUGCUGGCCUCCUACCAGCUGACCAUUCAUUAAAAAUUAGCACAUGUAUUUGGAAGAGUGUGAUUAAAUCAUCGAAUUGUUGGCAAAUUACUUGGGCCUAAGCAUGACUGUGGCUGGUUUGGGGAGAUGCAGCCUCUCCUUGUGCCACUGCUUUGCCAAAUUCCCUCCUCUCUAUGACAGCACAUGAGAUGGAAUCACUCCUGCCAUUCACAUUUGAGAGGAGGCAGUGGCUGGAUGGUGCCUGCCUGCCUCACCCGUCUCUUCCAGAUGUUUUUAUGGUGUGAAAGAGGAUGGGGUAAUGCCUGUCUGGAGAGCUCAAGAUGAACCCAAUGAGGUUCAUGGCCAUCACAGUUCCAUCUAUCUCUGAAAUUCAAGUUUAUUCAGCAAUCAUCUUGGAAACUCAAGGACAGCACUCCUGGCUUUGGAGAGGCAGCACAGACACAGCUGGAGCUGGGCUCAUUCAGGGUUCCUGCAGCACUGGCAUGAAGAAAUGCACUGUGAUAUCCAGUGAUGGCCCCUGGGCUGAGCAAGAUUCCCUAUUUCACUCCCAGAUCUCAGGUAGGCUUCACUGGGGAGGCUGCUGAGGGGAGGUUAUUUUAGCUGGUUUCUUAAGAAGGAACCUUCAUCUAGCCUAUUAUUUUUAAGAGCUGUGUUCAUUGUGUGCAGCCUAAUAACUAGUCACAUCACAGAUUCUGCAGUGACCAUUGUCACUCUGAACAGGAUGGGUAAAAUAUUAACAAGCAUUGCAAAAUAUUUCCCAGACAGUCAAACCAGACUGGAUGCCAGCAGGCACUGCUUGGUUCUGUGCUCUCCUCUCUUUCAUGGCACAGUAACCUACUGGGAUCAGGAUAUUUGCUCCUGGACAACUCACCAGGCCUCAGCAAAUCUUCCUAAGGCCUGCUGAGCUCAGCUCCCUAAGCCCCCCGCCAAAUGUGGCAACCAUGACAUCCAUGAUUCUAGGACAGGGAGCGAGUGAGGGAGGCAUAUGGGAGUGGAGGUGUCCCUAACCACCAAAUUCCAUCAGUUCCUGGGUGUGCAGCUGAGAUACAGGUGGUUCUAACCUGCCAGCAAGGGGUCUGGAAAAGAUUCAAGACAAUCCUGCCUGAAUGCUUAUCCUGAUGCUAUGGUAAAAAGGACUAAUGCAGCCCUUUAAGGCAGAAAAUAGGAAAAGCAGACUAAAUCCCUGUGUCAAAGCAUUAGGGAGGCUCAUUGUGGGAUUCCAUAUCUUGAAAAGGAUUCGGGAAAAAUCAGAGAGGCUCUAUAGAGCAGAAACACAAAAAAUGGCUUGAGGGUGGGAGGAAAAGCCUGGCAGAAAGAGAAUUAAGCGACUCAGUAUAUUUAGCUUUUCAGAAAGACGGAUGAGAGGGGGUUUGCUUGCAGCAUAUGUGUAGUGUCACAAAGAGAAAAUGCCAGGCUCUGAAAGGCUCUUUAAUCAAGCAGAAGGCAGAAUAAAAUGGUAUGUCUGCAAGCUGAAGCCAGACACAGGGAGGUGGGAUGCUCUUCUGAACGUGAGGGUGAGGGACUCCUGAAACAGACCCAGAAAAGUGGGAGUCUUCAACGCUCGUCUUCAAUUCAAGCCUACCUCCUCUCUUGGAAACUAUGAGUGAACCAAACAUAGUGUAUUGGAAUUACUGCAAGGAGAUGAACUGCUGAGCGAGGUGCUGGCCAGGGGCUUGCACUCACACAGCCGCCUGCCAGGCGCGACCAUUGGGUCACUUCAUCUGAGGAAGACUCUUGGAAAUCUGGUCCAGUCAGAGUGCUUGUGGAGGUGAUCAGGCAGGCUCCAGGGGUUUAUCUGAUCCCAAAGUGGUCAUGUAGAAGAGCAGAUUUAAUGUGAAGAUGGGACUCCUGGUGUUUAUGCGUAACCUGCUGCUAGCCCUCUGCCUCUUUCUGGUACUGGGAUUUCUGUACUAUUCUGCUUGGAAGUUGCACCUUCUCCGUUGGGAGGAUUCAAAUUCAGUGGUUCUUUCCUUUGACUCCGUUGGACAAACAUUAGGCUCAGGAAGGAGAGAGAGAAAAACUGUGGCUAUUGUGCUUCCGCUGUCCAUCCCAUCUCACCUUGCUGCAGACCCAGGAAAAGACAGAGCCCAGAAAGAACCCACAGAAACCAUGGCAGCUCCAGGCCCAGCCAUUCCCAAAUAUGACAAACUGGGCUUUCUCCUGAACCUGGACUCAAAAUUGCCUCCAGAACUGGCAUCAAAGUAUGCCAAUUUCUCUGAGGGAGUGUGCAAGCCAGGCUAUGCAUCAGCGCUCAUGACUGUCAUCUUCCCAAAGUUCUCGAAGCCGGCACCAAUGUUCUUGGAUGAUUCCUUCAGGAAAUGGGCACGUAUCAGGGACUUUGUACCCCCCUUUGGAAUUAAAGGACAAGAUAAUCUAAUCAAAGCCAUCCUGUCAGCAACCAAAGAUUAUCGUCUAACUCCAGCUCUUGACAGUCUCAGCUGCCGGCGAUGUAUUAUUGUGGGAAAUGGUGGAGUCCUUGCAAAUAAGUCAUUAGGGUUAAAAAUUGAUGACUAUGAUGUUGUUGUCAGGCUGAACUCGGCUCCGGUGAAGGGCUUUGAGAAAGAUGUGGGUGGCAAGACAACGCUCCGGAUCACAUAUCCUGAAGGUGCAAUCCAGAAAAUGGAGCAGUAUGAGAAGGAUUCCCUGUUUGUUCUGGCAGGAUUCAAAUGGCAGGAUUUCAAGUGGCUGAAAUACAUUGUUUACAAGGAGAAAGUGAGUGCCUCUGAUGGGUUUUGGAAGUCAGUGGCAACCCGUGUCCCAAGGGAGCCUCAUGAGAUACGUAUCCUGAAUCCCUACUUCAUCCAGGAGGCAGCUUUCAGCUUCAUUGGACUGCCUUUCAACAACGGCCUGAUGGGCAGAGGGAACAUCCCCACCUUGGGAAGCGUAGCAAUAACCAUGGCGCUGCACAACUGUGAUGAGGUGGCGGUAGCUGGGUUUGGCUAUGACAUGAGUUCACCCAAUGCACCGCUGCACUACUAUGAGAACAUCAAGAUGUCUGCCAUCAAAGAGGUAGGGAGCACCUGCCAAGCACAUCCUCCUCCCAAGCCCGCUGGCCACCUCGACUCCAGAGCCUGACUGGGAUUGUGAUGUCAGCUUACAGCUUUCCUGUGUGGAUCAAAACACAGCUCCACCCAUGCAUUUGCCUGUAAACUUCUAGACAUUCUCCCAGGCUCAAUAUAUGUUAAAAAUGGUUAUUACUGCUGGGAAA